AUGUCGUAUCUACGCGCAGUGUUGAGUAUCUUUGUCGGCUCCGGCUGGUUUGGGGUGGCGGUAGUGUUUGUUGUUACGUUAAUAUUAAACAUAUUGUACUACUUGGCCUUCCGUUUGGGAGACGUUUCGAAGCUGAAUUUGGCUACAAACAAGGAUUAUAUCAAAGAAGCCAUUGGAUAUCGACAGGGUGAAUUCAUAUGGAUAGGUUUAAUCGACGAAAACGAAAUUAUCAACGAACUUGCAACGAAAAUGACUGAUGAGCACAUCAAAAAUCUUCAAUGUCCAAUAAGCCAUUCUUUAAUGGUUGAUCCGGUAAUAUUAUCUUGUGGGUGCAUUUUCGACAAAAUGCAUAUCGCGAAGUGGUUGCGAAGUCAGAAAGAAUGUCCAAUGUGCCGCUGUGUGGUUGCCAGAAAUAGUGAUUAUUGGAAACCAGCCAAUAACUAUAAACAAGCGAUCGCACUGCUAACGGAACGCUAUGAGAUGAGGCUUACGAAGCAAUAAAUUUUAUCUGAUAUCUUCAUCAUUUACCGUAUACUCUUUGAAUACUUGUUAAUAAUCAGCUAGCACACAAAUCAGCGCAAUGAGAAAUAAUUCAAAAAUAGAUAAUUGUAUACACAGUGUAAAACAAAUUUUUGGAUAAUCACAUUUGCAUUAGGAUUUUCUUUAAUCACAUGAUGUUUAUCAAAUUUGGAAAGGGAUUACACCUAGUAUGUACAUAAAGGGAUUAAAUGUAGAUGAGUGCAAAUUUUUGCGCUGAUUUGUGUGCUAGAUAAUCAGUUUCACUUUCUGGAAUUUAGCUGUUUUGUUUUUUAAGAAUACUACCAUUGAUGCAAGAAUACUAUACACUUUCACUUACUAUAUUGUUAGCUAACUGUGCCACCCCGGUUAAAUUAUGAGAAACAUAGUUUAAUCCCAUAUUUCACCUUGGGAAUUAAGAUAAUAUUGUACACAUUAUUCUUGAAAUCAAUUAUUACUUUUAAUUAAUAAUUA